GGAGAGAAAACCUGUAGCGUCUCGGCCCUCCAGAGCACGAGUUUGACACAUGUGCCAUACACUAGCAAUAAACACAUGAGUUGUGCAGUUCGCUAACCAACCAGCAGGUGGUGCCCUACAGACAAGGAGCAACGAAGAAGAAUCUGUACACGGAAGCGAUUCUGACUUUUCCUAAGCCAUUGUACCCGUCCAGUCCGCAGUUUAUUACAAUGGUAAGAUAAGUUAAAAUGCCGUUUAACUACAUGAGGGUAAUAAUGUGCCUUUUCCCGCGGAUGGUCGAUACCCAGCACCCGGUCGACGGACGACAAGACGUGAAAGCGUGGCUGUUUUGACAGCUGAAGCUCCAAUAGCUGUCUGUUGUGUGGGCACUUGCUGAGGGCAAGACAAGAACUAAGAUUGCAUUUAUCCACAAGGAUUACGUUUUGUCCCCAUCUACGUCGUUUCGGGAAUAAACGAAGAAAUUAAAGAGCGGCGACCAUGGCUACUUUCCGCCUAAAGUACCUCUCUCUGGGGGUGCUGGUGUUCCAGACCACCUCCUUGGUGCUCAUCAUGCGCUACUCCCGAACCCUGCAGGCCGAUGGCCCUCGAUACCUGGCCUCCUCUGCAGUGGUGGUGGCCGAGGUUAUGAAGCUUAUCAUCUGUCUGCUGCUCGUCUUUAAAGAACAUAGCUACAGCGUGCGAGCUUUAAACAGCGUCCUGCGGCAGGAAAUUGCCUACAAACCUGUAGAAACACUGAAGCUGGCCAUUCCCUCUGGCAUCUACACCCUGCAGAACAACCUGCUCUACGUCGCCCUGUCCAACCUGGAUGCCGCCACCUACCAGGUCACCUACCAGCUGAAGAUCCUGACCACAGCUCUGUUCUCUGUGUCCAUGCUGGGCCGCAGGCUGGGCGUCUACCAGUGGCUGUCUCUGCUAAUCCUCAUGGCCGGAGUGGCUCUUGUGCAGUGGCCGUCUGAAUCAUCACUGGUCCCGGAGAAGGAGGCUGUCAUGUCCUCUAGCUCCCAGUUUGUGGGCGUCACAGCGGUUCUGGUGGCGUGUUGCUCCAGUGGCUUUGCUGGCGUCUACUUUGAAAAGAUCCUAAAGGAGAGCAAACAGAGCGUCUGGAUCCGCAACAUUCAGCUAGGGAUGUUUGGCCUAGUGUUUGGCUUGGCUGGGAUGCUGUCCUUUGAAGGCGAUAAAGUAAUGGAAUCGGGAAUGUUUCAGGGAUACAGCACAGUCACCUGGACUGUAGUCACGCUGCAGGCGCUGGGCGGUCUGAUCGUAGCGGCGGUCAUCAAGUAUGCCGACAAUAUUCUCAAAGGCUUCGCCACGUCGCUCUCCAUCAUACUGUCCACGCUUAUUUCAUACUUUUGGCUGCAGGACUUUGAGCCCACCGGCGUUUUCUUCUCCGGAGCCGUCCUCGUCAUUGUGGCAACAUUCCUCUAUGGCUAUGAAGGCAAGGUGGCCCCCAAUCCCAGCAGGGCGUGAGACGGGACAGCAGGACUUCAUGCUGAAGAAGGCAAAAUGAGGUUGAAGGAAGUGGUGAGGGGAAAGAGGGGGGAAUGUCUUGUGUUUUGUUGUUGCUGUUUUUGUUAGAUGCUGCAGGAUUUAGCAGGUUGGAGAGGAAGAGUUUAAAAGAAACAAAAAGCACAAUGCUGUUUACACCCAAAGUGCCUCUUCUACUCAAACAGCCGACCAGUUUGAGCAUCAGUCACUUUACUGUCACGUCAUUCCAUCAUUUGCAAUAAAAACUUGCUAGCCCCGGCAGCCUUAUUUAUGCUGAACAGAGAGGACCUGUUAAACCAAUGCAGCUUGAGCUCUGCAGACAACUGUGAGGCAUAGCAACUCCACAAGGGGGCGCUCCAGAACUUUUAAAAGUAAAAGUAAAUAGAACUAUAUAAAAGUAUUAACACCUUAGCGUUCCAAUGGCCCGCCAACAGUUGGUAACAUUAACCUGUGUUUUAUAUUUGGGUGUAAAGGGGGGUUAUACAUAAUUGUAAAGCUUGUUUGGCUGCAAUUUGACAGAUAUACAGCAUUCCGGGAUAUAAUUUUAACUUCAGGCACACACAACACUAAUGUUAGAACAGUCGCACACAUACAGUAAAAGUACAGGUGUCAAUCGCUAUAUCGAGGUUCGAAUAUUGCUCCCUCACCCUAUUGCAUUUUUUUCCAAAAAUAAGUAAUAAAUUAUCACUGUUUUGUGGUUGACUGUGUCCUUUUUAUUAGCCAAAAAUAGUUGAAAGGGAGUGUCGUAUUCUGGUCACUUGGCAUCAGUAAUGUUAUGAGACAUUGCGUUAGAUUACAUUACCUUUCACCAAGAAUGGCCUGGGACAAAAAAUUGGCCCUGGCCUUUUUGGUCCAGACCGGCCCACUACAAUUCGCGCGCAUAUACUGUGCCAACUCGCCCCAUUGAUGUACAUGUAAACACACAAGUCCUUAAUAAUACCACUAUACUAAACAAUAUCCCUCUACUGUAUAUUCUGGAGCCGUGAAUCCAUAAAUGAGUGAAAUCGUUUAUGCUUGGGUCUCUGUUGAGAUCAUGUCCACAGGAGCUCACAAAUCUGGGCAUGAAAAGCAUAGGAAUAAUGUGGAAUAGUUCUCAACAAGAUUGCAUGCAAAAAAGUCUGCACGCAAUCAGAACUUUGACUAGUUGACAAUAAUAUAACCAUCGGAUUUUCUGUUGUUAUUGUAACAGUAGUGAUUUAGUCAUUGUAACUGUCAAGGACCAUAAACACCGACUGAAAAAAUGUCAAGCGUAGAUAUUGUUUAAAUUGUUACAUCAAUGUCUUUCAUGAUGGAAGCGUUCUGAACCAUUUGCAGUGUCGGAUGCCCACAGAUUCAAAUAUUAAUGUAAAUAAAAGGUCUGAUAUUAAAAUAAGUUCAGUUUACGUGACCCAGGCAGAACAAACGGCCAACAUGUUAUUAACUUACAGAGUGAGAUGAACGCGAACUCCUGGCCAGCUAGCAAAACACCGUGGAGAACGUCCAAGCGCUCACAGACAGACACAGAUUCAAAUAUUAAUGUAAAUAAAACGGCUGGUAUUAGCGGACCUGUAAAGUGCAGCAAUAUAUAAUUAAAUAAACGGUCGUUCAUUGGCCCUUUUUGGCCGAGGUUAUGUUUGUAACACGAGGCUCUUCCGUCCCCUCUCCUCCUCCCUCCACUCAUCAGUGUUCACCAACAAGUCGACAGUCAAGGUGAAAGUAAUGGUAAAUGUUCAUUUAUCCAUUUCAUGUUGUGCAUUUUGGGUUUUCGUCGGGCCUUUUGGAGGAUUAAUACAAAACAAUCCAUAUAUAAUACAUAUUGAAGCAAAUUGUACGUAUCUUUUGCCUAAAUUAAGCAUUUUCAAGCAUAAAAUUGGCUAAAUGCACUAAAAUACAAAUAUAAACCAUUAAGAAUACAUUCAAAUUGUGAGUGCAGUAUUCAAAAUUAGUCACUAGGUGUCAGUAAGUGUUUGGUGAGACCAGCACCAGACUUCAUUGCCAGAAGAACAGGCUUUUAUUGCAGGUUUAAAUGAUCUCACAACAGGCACAAUAAUAAUAACAUAAUAAUAAUCAUAAUAAUAACACGGGCUACUGUUGCGGCAAUAACCCACCGCUACACAUUCUUCUCCCCUACUAGCACCGGAACGCAUUUAGUGCGACACACAUGAAUUCUAUUUGGCUUUUUUUUGGGGGGGGGGGGCUUUUUCUUUCAUUAUAUAUGCUAUUUUGGGUAAUAAGAAUGUAAAGGUGCCUAUAUGGGUGUUAUUUAAUGUCUAAAGUGUUCUAAUAAUGUUAAACAUUUAGAAGAUGGUAAACAGGUUUUCUAUGCUCUAACUAUGAAAAUAUUCAAUUUACAAAGAAGGGAUCCCACUUUGCAGAAAUUCACUUAUCACGGUCGGGCCUGGAACCAAUUAACCACAAUAAACGAAAGAUUACUCGCUAUAUAUAUAUAGGCCAGUGGUCCCCAACCUUUUUUGAACCACGGACCGGCUUGUGUUCCCACAAAUCUCCAACGGACCGGGCGGGAGGGGGGAUGGGGUGUCAUACAUUAUAGCGAUCUAAUUUAUCUUAUUUCUUAUGUAUUGUGUAAAACUAAGACAUGAAUAACAUCAAAUUAAAAGAACAAAAUGAAUGCCAUCCACCAGUUCAAGUUCCAGCCAAGUUUUUCCAGAGAGAUUAUUACAUCGCUGUUUGACGUGUGUGGUAAAAGGCAGUGCGCUAGCAUGAAUUAACUUGAGACAAAUGUGCACAUUAGCACUCAAUAAGUCAUCAAAACUUACCUUUAUGCAUUCCCACAUAGUAUCAGCAUUUGAGACCAAAUAUGAGGUGAAAGAAAAAUGGUAAAAAUACAGUAGUAGUCUAUCUGUGCGGCAUGAGAUAAAGUUAGCACACGCACAAUGGACAUGCGUCAAAUCAGACGGAUGUAACAGAGAGAAUCCGGCCACUCCUCAAAAUAAAACAUAACAAAAAUGAAAUAAUGGAAAUGCCCGGUACCGGGUCGCGGCCCGGGGGUUGGGGACCACUGAUAUAGGUGAAUCUAAAAGGAUAAAAUUCUGCUUGUUGCCUUUCAACAGAGCUCAAAACAUGACUUCAAAUAGUUCAAAGACUUUUUUACACUUACUUUGGGUGUGACUUUUUUUUUUUUCGGCAAUUUAGCACAAAAAAAAUCCCGGAAUUCUAAGGGGUUAAUUAAAAUGUACAAUGUCACAUUUGAUGUAAAUAAUGGCACAUUUAAGGUAUAGCAUUAAUGACUAUACCUUAAUGACUAUACUAUACCUGAAACAGGCACUGAUCAGAUCUUUUAUUUCUGUUAAAGGGGACAAAAUAGUAAAAUGUAACUAUGUAGUCCAGCUACAUCUGAAAUUCACUGGCUUUUUGUUGCCGAUCAGAGAUUUGAGUUGAAUUGUAUGAUUUUUUUUUGACUGUUAUUCUUCUUCGGAAACAACUUUGUUUUUUGUUUGUUUGCUAAAAAAGCGGGUAUGGUUACAUUGUCAAUGAAAUCACUACUAAGAGAAUAUUUUUAUAAAGUGAACCAAAAAUC